AAAGAACCAAAACUGUUAUUCAUGCUAUCUCUUUUCACGACAUGAGUGAUUUCAGCAAGAUGAGUUAACCAGUUAACCGUCCAGACACUUUAACGAGCAAUCGCUUCUUUGAUAAUGCAACACCUUGACUGAUACUGCUUUCGUUUUACGAACAUGAGUUGGUAGCAGCUUUGAGUUUCGAUUCCGUCAUCAGUGCUCAGUGUAUCAGCUAAACGCAGCGAGUAUUCUUAUUCUGGUAAACAGCUAGCGAGUGCUGCAGUUUCCAUUCAACAUGCUGUCGAGCCUCUUAAAAGAACAUCAACAGCGGCAGCAUUUGAGAAGGGAAGAACAAGAACGAAAGAAAAAGGAGGCCACCGCUGCUGCAAGCGCGCUGACAGCGGCUAUGGUAGAUCAUCUUAACGUUGGAGUAGCACAAGCCUACUUGAACCAGCGAAAGCUAGAUGCCGAAGCCAAGCAGCUGCAUACUAAUGCAACCAACUUCAGCAAGCAAGCAGCCAACUGGCUCCAUUUGGUAGACAACUUCAACCAUGCGCUAAAGGAACUUGGCGACAUUGAAAACUGGGCCAAAAGCAUUGAAGCAGACAUGCGGACUGUGUCCAGUGCAUUGGAGUAUGCUUACAAAGUUGGUCAGCAGGGAUCCUGAACAUUUGAGAUCUGUCCAUGCCAACCAGUGCGAGCAGCUUUUCUUUCAGAUCAGCUUGUUCAGCCAGCCGCCUUUCUCAAAGCUACAACAACGAGCUUGUGGACAUCUGCAUGACUUAAGACAGCUCUUUGCGAGCAGAUGGCACAAUAAAAGUUAAAAGUUCAUCUUUUCUGUA